GGCGGCAACACAAUAGCCCAGCGAUUUCAUUCAUACCCUUUGAAGCUCAAAAUCGACCACUCAAGAUGGCGUUGCUAGUUGAUAAGCACCGACCUCGCUCGCUGGACUCUCUGACAUACCACCCAGAGCUUUCCUCACGACUAAAGUCCCUGGCACAAAGCGGCGACUUCCCACAUCUAUUAAUCUACGGACCAUCAGGCGCAGGCAAGAAGACACGCACGAUCGCAACCCUGAAGGAACUGUACGGCCCGGGCGUGGAGAAGAUAAAGAUCGAUGCCCGUGUCUUUCAGACGACGAGCAACCGGAAGCUGGAGUUCAACAUUGUCUCCUCUGUCUACCACUUGGAGAUCACACCGUCGGAUGUGGGAAACUAUGACCGCGUCGUCGUCCAGGAGCUGCUCAAGGAGAUCGCGCAGACGCAGCAGGUCGAUCUCUCGGCGAAACAGCGGUUCAAAGUGGUGGUGAUCAACGAGGCGGACCACUUAACCCGCGAUGCGCAGGCGGCGCUCAGGCGGACCAUGGAGAAAUACAGCCCCAACCUGAGACUCAUCCUCCUGGCCAACAGCACCUCGAAUAUCAUUGCACCGAUCCGGUCCCGCACCCUGCUGGUCAGGGUCGCUGCGCCCACUGAAAAGGAUAUCUGCGCCGUGUUGAGGACGGCGGGCAAGAAGGAGGGGUGGCCAGAGGCGGAUGGGCUGAAUCAGAGGAUAGCGAGGGAGAGUGGUCGGAACCUGCGCCGCGCGCUGCUUAUGUUUGAGGCCAUUUAUGCUCAGAAUGAGAAAGUCACCGACAACACGCCAAUUCCACCUCCCGACUGGGAAGCAUUGAUUGCGCAAACUGCGGAUGAGAUUCUGGCAGAACGGUCACCGGCUCAAUUGUUGCGAGUCCGCUCACGUCUAUACGAUCUGCUGACGCACUGCAUACCGGCUACUACCAUCCUCAAGACCUUGACCUUCCAGCUCGUCGGCAAAGUGGACGAUGCUCUCAAGCCAGAUGUCAUCAAAUGGUCGGCUUUCUACGAGCACAGAAUUACCCAGGGCAGCAAAUUGAUCUUCCAUCUCGAGGCAUUUGUUGCCAAGUUUAUGCGCAUUUAUGAGAGUUACCUCAUGGGCAUGGAGUUUUAAAAGGGACUAGAGUAACAAACAAUGAAUGAGUAAUGAAUUAAUUGUACUAUAACGGGCCAUCUUUCAUUCAACCCAGG